UUUCCCUCCCACCAUAGAACGAUAUAAGGCCAUUACUCUCCCAUCUCCCGGAAUAAUUAACCACCACCCCCUCCAAAGCCUCAACACCACACCCCACCGCCCGCCAUGCCUCAAGAAACCAAGCAAUGGCUCCUCGCCUCCGAACCCGUCGCCGACACCAUCCUCUCCGGCCCCGACGCCACCUUCAAGCUCGUCACGACCACUCUCCCAGACCUCAAUGAUAACCAGGUCCUUGUCCACACGACCUACCUCUCCAACGACCCCGCCCAACGCGGCUGGAUCCAGCGCGGCCAAGACCCCGCCCGCAGCUACACGCCCCCCGUCGCCGUCAACACCCCGAUGCGCUCCUACGGCGUCGCCGAGGUCGUCGAGUCCACCGCCUCCAAUCUGCCCAAAGGCACACUGGUCAUAGCGACGACGAACUGGUCCGAGUACGCCGUGCUCGACGCCGCGGAAUGCCGUGUGCUGGAAGUCGGCGAGGGGAUAAAACCCACCCACUUCCUCGGCGCGCUGGGCGGGACCGGGCUGACGGCGUACUACGGGCUGCUCGACAUCGCGCGGGCAACAAAGGAGGACGCGGUGGUGGUGAGCGGGGCGGCCGGCGCGACGGGGAGCAUGGUGGUGCAGAUCGCGAAGCACAUCGUGGGAUGCAAGCGGGUGAUUGGCAUCGCGGGGACGGACGAGAAGUGUCGGUGGGUGGAGUCGCUCGGCGCGGAUGUGUGUGUGAACUACAAGGCGGCCAGUUUCAAGGAGGAUUUAUGGGCGGCUACGGAGGGGUUUGUGGAGGUGUAUUUUGAUAAUGUCGGGGGCGAGAUUCUGGAUUUGAUGCUGAAGCGGUUGAAGAAGGAGGGGAGGGUCGCAGCGUGUGGGAGCAUUGCGAAUUAUAAUGCGGGGGAUAAGGCGGCAGGGUUGAAGAAUUGGUUUGAGAUCACGAAGAAUAGGCUAGAGAUUAAGGGGUUCAUUGUCACAGAUGCAGUAGUGGCAGGAAAAAAGGGCGCGAUGUUGAAGGCGUUAACUGACGCGGUUAAGGAGGGGAAGAUUAAGUUGGGCGAGGAGAUCGAGACAGUCGUGCCGACAAAGUUUGAGGAUAUCCCGAAGACAUGGGUUUUGCUGUUUAGUGGCGGUAACCAGGGGAAGUUGGUCACGCAGCUUGUUUAGGCUGUUUGGUUCUUACUUCUUCUCCCGCCUACUUUCGUCUGCUCCUUUCACAGCACACUUCUUUACUGCAUCAAUCGAGUAUUCAUCAUCAACGCCUCUAUCAAUCAACUAUUUAUCAGC